ACGUUGGUUUUAUUUACCACAGCCGACGAUUAGUAGCACCUUUAUCUCAAUUUUAUGUAUUCCGUUUAGAUAUAAAUCAGCGUUAACCCAUUUCUUCUCCGAAACAUGAGUCGGGGACACCUAUGUUGAGUCACUUUAGUCCCCAGACACGAGAGAGCUGAUCAAAUAGUGCGAAGACUUUUAUAAUAGCUGCGAAGAAGGAACAAAACCGUGACAGCUGAUAGAAAUUGCAGUCUCUCUUGUUCUUUACUUUUGAUUUGUGCCUUUUUAGAACCCACCUAGCAAUGUUCCCAGAACAUGCCGAAUAGGGAAUAGACACAUUAUUCAGCAUAGUUCUUUAUCCUCCUGCCUAUUGCGCGUAUACCAGAUCCCUAACUUUAAAAUCGCCGAGACGUUUCCUGCACGGCGCUUAGUAAAGCAGCUGUCAAUUUACGAUCAAAUUUUCAGCACUUCUGACUUACAGGAUCAGCCUGAAGGUCUGACUAAAACCGAGAGCCCCUUUUAACAGUACCUCUUAGGUAUGUAACUUCUUAAAAUUUCUUCCGUUCAAGCCUAAUUUGGCGGGCUGAUGAGAGUGCAGCCACCUUCCCUUUAAAUAAAUAUAAACCUAGAUGCACGGCGGUAGAGGUCCGGUAUGAAAAUUGUAUUAGAUUACAUUAAUAAUUCAUGUUCUCUGUUUUUUUUCCUUUGGGUACCACAUUUUUCUCCUACUCUUGGGCCUAUUUUUGGAUAACAGGCUGCUUUCCCUUCAUAGUUUUUAAAUCUUUGAACUUUUUUCUCCCAAGGAAGUUAAAUUGCAGAGUGUUUUGGCCAAUAAAAGCUAAGUAUUAAAAAAAUAAUGUUUAAAGAACUGCUUAGUGAUCCAGAUACAACUUUUAGAAAGAUAUUUAUGGGUUUGAUCCUGAAUGAGUGAACACUUAAAGCAUUGUCAUAUUAAGUGUUGAUAAUUACACAAACAUUUUUGGUAUGAAUCUAUAAGUAGAUCAGUGUAAGCAGAUGCUUUCCCAGUGACUUGCUGGUCAACCUGGAAUCAUUUUGGUAAAUGAAAUUUGCUUCUACUGAUGAAUUCAAGAAACUCCAGACUCCAUAGACCACUUUAGUUUCCUACUGAGGAUAAAUAAAGAAGAAAACGGAGAAGGAACAAAGCAUUGAUUAUAAAUGUCUUAAUAAUGAACAAAUGCGGAAGGAAAAAAUAUAUUAAGACAAAUCUAAGACAAAUGACCAUGGAAACAAUUGAAUCUCAGCAGGAUGGAAGUGUAACAGAUUCUGUGGCAGAGAGCGAAUCUGCUCAUAUGCAGACCCAGACUGGUCAAAAUUCAGUCCCUACUUUAGCUCAGGUAGCAACAAUUGCAGAGACAGAUGAGUCUGCAGAAUCAGAAGGUGUAAUUGAUUCUCAUAAACGUAGAGAAAUCCUUUCACGAAGACCCUCUUAUCGAAAAAUACUGAAUGAACUUUCCUCUGACGUGCCUGGUGUUCCCAAGAUUGAAGAAGAAAAAUCAGAGGAAGAAGGAACGCCACCUAACAUCGCUACCAUGGCAGUACCGACUAGCAUAUAUCAGACUAGCACGGGGCAAUACAUUGCUAUAGCCCAAGGUGGAACAAUCCAGAUUUCUAACCCAGGAUCUGAUGGUGUUCAGGGACUGCAGGCAUUAACAAUGACAAAUUCAGGAGCUCCUCCGCCAGGUGCUACAAUUGUACAGUAUGCAGCACAGUCAGCUGACGGCACACAGCAGUUCUUUGUCCCAGGCAGCCAGGUUGUUGUUCAAGAUGAGGAAACUGAACUUGCCCCAAGUCACAUGGCUGCCGCCACUGGUGACAUGCCGACUUACCAGAUCCGAGCUCCUACUACUGCUUUGCCUCAGGGAGUAGUGAUGGCUGCCUCGCCAGGAAGCUUGCACAGUCCCCAGCAACUGGCCGAAGAAGCAACACGCAAACGAGAGCUGAGGCUAAUGAAAAACAGGGAAGCUGCUAAAGAAUGUCGACGUCGAAAGAAAGAAUAUGUAAAAUGUCUGGAGAGUCGAGUUGCAGUGCUGGAAGUUCAGAACAAGAAGCUCAUAGAGGAACUUGAAACUUUGAAAGACAUUUGCUCUCCUAAAACAGAUUAGUAGAAAUAUUUAACUAUGAACUGAUUACCACAUGUACAGUUGCUUUUGAAGGCAAUACAAUAUAUAGCCAGCAAGAAUUAUGGCUUUUUUCCUUUGUAUCAUUCAUCGUAUUCUCUAAGCUCUGACAUUCCUAAAAUGCUUCACUGUACGUAGUUAACUCUUAGCUGUAACUUCAAUUUUUUAAAAAAGAGACAAGCUGUAAAAAAAAAAAUGUAUGUAACAAAUUCUUAAAAUGCAAUAUUUGUAAGACUUGCUCCAUUGCCACAUAUUUGCAGUUCCCAACCUCUGUGUCAUGAAUAGUGUCCUAUGCAAUACAAUUUUUUGCAGGUCUUUAAAAAUCAUUUUAGGAAAGGAUGAUCAGAGAUAAUGCAUCCAGCAGUACAAUAAAAGCAAACCACAAAAAAAUACCUCAGGAAAGAAUUGAAAGAAAGAAUCGAAAGAAUCUAAUGACAUGCCUAUAUGAAAAUAAGAACCUAUAAAUGAAUUUAUGGCAUUUGCAGAUUUUUAUGUUAGUUGCUUUGUAAAGAAAAUAUUGUAUUGCUGUCCUUGAAUGCCAUAGUUGAAGAGAGUUUUUAAUAGAACCAUGUUGGUUACACUUUGUAGUGUUUGGUGCUCAUUUAACUAUCUGAACAUUUACUACAGUUUUUACUCUAUUGUGUAAUAUAAAAGAUCUUGCAGAAGUUCUUAGUGUCGGUUUGCAUGAAUGAACCUAAUGAAAGUUAUGACAAAUUUUUAAUAUCAGGAAUGUGUUAAAAGUAAAAGUUAAAAUUGUAUUUGCAUCCCUUCAGGGGUACGUGAGCCAAUUUCUACACCAGUUUAUGCUCUCUGCAAAUACUCUUUCCUCCAUCUCGUCAGAAGGAUGGCCCCAGAGCUGUUACGCAGAAGAGCAGCUACGAGAGAUUCAGGUCAUGUGAUGAUGGACAAGGCCUUUCUGCAGAUGGGCCCCUGUUUUGAGUUUUAGUUUACAGCCCUAGGAGUUUUAAAGUAAAAACAAAAACAACCCAAGAUUUUAUUUUCCAUUUCAAAAUAGCUUGAAGUCUACAUCAGAUCAAAGAUUUUUAUGUCAGCACAUUCAGAUGAAGUCCAUUACAUCGAGACAGCAGUGUUCUUACUGGUAUUUACAUUUCAUUCUGUUUUUAUAAUAAAAAGCUUUAAGAUAUAAGCCGAAGCCCUGAUCGUAAGAUGCUCUGUCAUCUCUCAUUCACUCCUGAGACAUUUGUUGAAUGCCUGCCAUGUGCUAGACUCUGUGAUAUCUUCUCUUAUACCUUCUGAUUUGUUAAGGAUGCCCCCCCCAACCCCUACUUUCAGUAGUGAAACCUGGUCAGUGUGUUAGAGAGGUACAAAAACAGGAGGUCAUUGACUGGUAUGGUGUCUAACUGCUGUUCCUCCCAUGUCAUAAUUCUUUCCCUUAUAACUCCCAGAAGGUAGGCCAUGCCAUUUUUGGCUUUCUUUAGAAAGACUCACCUUCCUUCAGAGUCUGAGCUCUGAAUUUCUUUUAUCUCAAUUUUUGUCUUUUCUUCUACAGAGAAGUAAGAUGAGGAAAGAAGAUAAGGAAGAAAAGAGGAAAGGAAAAUCCCAUGUUUCAGGUGAAGGAAAAUGGUGCUUUAUACUCAGUCACUGUAAAUCAAAUGCGUGCUCAGUGUGGUAGAGUUGAGAGGGAGACACAAGGAUCAGCAGACAAGAUGUAAAAAAGUUAGAGACAGUAAAUGCCAUAUGUUAGAAUUAGAGACAGAUGUAGGCAGGGAUUAAAUAAGAAACUGUUCCUGGAGGAGGCAGAUUUUGAACUGGGCCUUGAGGUAAGCGAUAGUGGUGGGGAGGAGGGUAUUCUGCAUGGGGAAUACAGAGCAUGCGCUCUUCUCCAAGGAGCUUGACUUCAGGAGAUGAAUUUAGGAGAACGUUAGUACUCACAGGAGAGUUUAGUUUGUAAGAGAGAGAGGGAGUGUGCAUGCGUUCGUGUGUGCUCUGCUCUAUAAAGUAGGUUAUGUUAUUUCAGAGGAAGGGGAUUACAUCUGAUUACUUGGGGUCACAGAAAGCAGAUGUCUCCCCACUCUCCAGUUGUUUAAACAAUAAGGAAAUUUCGUUCCCUCACAAAACAAGAAGCCCAGAGGUAGGGCAUCCCAGGGUUGCUUAAUUUAGUGACUUCACAAUGGCAUCGCGACCAGAUUCUUGCUACGCAUUUUGCUCUGGAGUAUUAGUGAAGAUUCUCCCCUGGGACAGAGGGUUUCAGACUUCUGUGAACUUUUGGCAUCAACGUGCGAUCAAACGGGUUCUGGUAGAAUGGUGUGUAGGCAGCCGACGUCGUCCGCUGUGAGGGUGAUGCGAGAGCGCCUCCGCUGUCCCGGAAGUGGCUCCGCUGUCCCGGAAGUGGGGAGGCGCUUGUAAGAGGCGGUGCUUGAGCCGUGGCAACUUAAUUCUUGCACCUCCAAUUUGUCCCUGAAACAAAAACUUUUGUUACUAAAAGCAGCACGGUUUUCUAGCUCUCCAUUCAGCCUUAAGCAGUACUGCCCACAACCUCUCGCUACCCAGCCAGCAGCGAGCUGGAAGCUGUACGAACGUUGUCCAUCUUGCAGAACAGUGUUGCCCAGAAUCCAGAGCUGUCACGGCAUUCGCGUUGUUUCUUUUCUCCUAAAGUCUUCAGAAUCUGGACUUACAGAUGUAGAAAUUACCAACCCUGAAUCAUGGGAUUAUACCACCUUGUCAGAUUUAACUAGGGAGUUCAUAAUGUUAAAUCAUUUGAAAUGGGAAAAUAAAGAAAAUGAACUUC